AUGUCUUCGCCUGCUAUUUAUACAUUAACGUUCAUAGAUAGAGCUGCUCUUUCGUAUUUCAAAAACAACGAACCCGUUGAAUGGAGCUACCGGGGAUUUCUCGAAAAAAUGAAACUGUUUAUCCUUGAAGACGAAACAGAUGACGCAGAUCUUCCAGCAACUUGGCGGCACCGUUUUUUCCGUGUGAUCAAGUUAAUUAUGAACAAUGACAAUGGAGAAAAAAGUAGAAUCAUUGAUCAGAUUGGUACUCGCUUGCUUGAUCAGUGCCCGAGUAUGGGGUGCGCCUCGCGCAAUGCACAACCCAGAGGGGGUGCGCCUCGGUUCUUGCAAACAUUCAUAAGGGGUGCGCCUCUUAUGAUUUCUGGGGAAAAACAAACCGGCUUUAGCAAGAAAUAUUGGAAACAGCUCAAAGCAGAGCGAGCUCGAAACAAUGCAGAAAAUGAUCUUGAAAAUAAAAGAACCUUAUUUGAGUUGGAAUCCCAAACUGAUGCAUUGGAUAUAUUGGCAAUGGCGCGUAAAUGCCAAACCCAUAAAAUUAUGGAAAAAUUAAAUCCAAAAAAAGCAAUAGAUGAAGAUAUCAACACUGAAGAAAUCAACACUGAACAAGAUAUCAACACUGAUGAGGACUUACUGGAUUUCGAAAUUGAACCGGAACGUUCAGCUACCUUGAAGAAAAUUUGCAUGGAAUUGGAUAGCCAUUCUGGCAAUGGGAAUAUCGUCGAUAUGCGGCCCAAAUCUGCCUUUCUCAAAAGUCUUCCUAGUGAGAUUGUUGAACAGUACCACCAAGAAAUGGAGGAUAAAACGGCAGAUCUCAUUCCAGACCAUGUUCAUCAGUUUCUUGUAGACUUCUUCUCGCAAUCUUCAUUGGAAGAUGAAUGGCAGAACAGAAUUGACGAUUUGCGGGCUCCCAAUAACAACGAUUUUUUAAUGGUCGCCUUGGUACGGAUACUUCGACGAACAUUACCACAAUUCAUUAAAGCCUUUUCGCUUGGUGCAUUCAACCCUCUCCUCGCUAUCACGACGAUCGAAAAACCACAUCUAAAUGCCUUUGUACAUCCCUGCCUGGAAGCGUCAUUGUGGCAUGUUGCAAAAAUUAAUUAUGAAUUUGGGGAGAUUUCCUCUCCGAACCAUAUGAAUCGUGAUUGCGCUGAUGGAGUCGGGUACAUGAAGAGUGCGGAUAAAUUCCAAUUGGUUUACAUGGAAGGUGCGCGUCCUGUGGCUAAAGAAGAUAAAGAAAUUGCGGAUGCCAAGAAGAUCGCACAGAACAUGAAAGAGAUUUUUUCAAGCAUCAUCAAAGAAAGCCUCAGUAAUCGAAAGCGUCUCCCACAAAGCAUGGCUAUAUUUGGUGGGCAGAGCUUCAGGCUUCGAAUCUAUUUGCUUUAUCUUGAAUAUUUUGGUGGUAAAUUCUGGCUCAAUGAAGUUGAAAAUGCUAUUCUUCCAAGGGACUUCUCGGAAAUGGAAGACUUCGUGUGGUUCUAUGAAGCAAUCAUAAAAUGGGCUCUACUUGCUCGCGACGUAGUAAACGGCUUUAAUGAAGCAAGAAAACGAAAAAGGUCUUUGCGACAGUUUACGCGCUUGCUCGAUGAUUUAUAA